AUGUCUACCCAGCCGUCAAAGCUCGAUAUCACAGCAGAACAACUGCGAUCCAUCUAUACCCAAUUCCAAACCAUAUUCGAUGAAAAAGUGUCUUUGCAUUUACCCCAAGAGCACGACUCUGUUAAGGGCGAGGUUUUGCUUGAACUGCAAAAAUUUCUGUUCGAGGGGAUGGACGCGGCAUCGAGUUCGCUCAGUAUUAUAAACGCUAAUGAAAGCGCAUCAAUAUCAGACGUGCUGGCACAAUCACGAGAACAAUUCGUGGAGUCGUUUGAUUUGGGUUUGAAUGAACGAGUACGAAAAAAAUACCAAGAAUGGGAGGAUCAAACUGUCAAAGUUGCACAGCUGCGACGCGAAGCCCCACGUAAGCUGUCUGAAGUCUACGAAUCAGAAGCGAACGAAGUUUUGAGAGAGGUCGAUACUUUGAUAGAAGAGUUUUCUCAUGAAAAAAGCUCCUCCGACUCCGCUGCUGAUGCUGUCGACCCUGAAGUGGACUGGUCGGACCUUCAAAACGAUUAUAUGGAAGUGCUCUCUCGAUUGGCGCAGGUAAGGGACGAUCUGCCGAAAAAUCGUUCCAAAUUACAGAAACUGCAGCAAUUGAUAUCAUUUCUGGAGUCGGAGCUGGAAUCCGAACGUAAGAAUGAUGAUUGA